AAAGUUGUCUAUAUUAUCCUAUAGCGCUAGUGGUGAAGCAGGUCUACAUAACACACACACAGAUCUAGGGAACAACAUACCAGUAUAUUUCAUUUAAUAUUGUUUAUGAAUUAUUGCUGUCGUUACUAGGGUUUACUUCAAUGCACUUGGAAGUUUGAUGAUUUAUAGAUUUGUGUGUAGCUGAUAUUGCAGUGACGUUGGGUUGAGACAGGGUUGAAGAAUUUACGAGGCCGCCAAAGGAAGUAAAGGUUGGCGAGAUUUACAAGCAUAACUUGUCUGUAACUUCUACAAGAUCUACGCUCUCACACAGAAGUGGGCGGAGACCUUCGACAACAGUUCAUCACCAAACCCAGUCUGUUAUACGGCAAACAUAUACGUUGCACCACGGAGGGUAAAAAGAAAAUGCGUUACCAAACUCUCAGAGUUUACGCAAUAGUGACAACUGGGCUACUUCUGUGCUUUGUGGGAUUUUACCUCGGUGUCGAUGUUUGCAGUAUCCGCAAAGAUUAUUCAAAGCCAUCGAUUGACAAUGAAGAACCGAAAUCAGAUAAUAAUUCGAAAUUAAAAAAUGGACCUGAUCCCGCCGACGUUAAAGGGGCGGAUCCCGCCGAGCUCUUCUCAUCGGCAAACUUCGGCGCUCUCAGCGGGAAGAGGUUUGAGGCUAUUAAGGUUCGUGCGUAUAAACCCGACGACGGCGCGCGCGAUAACAACAAGUGCAGCCCGUUCCACACGUCACCAACGGAGAAGAAAUGCGACAAGUGGGUCGUCAUUACAACCAUAUUUAAACCGUCCAAACUAGCCUUCCAGUUGUCUAAGAAAAAGGAUUGGUGUGUCGUCGUGGUAGCAGACAAGAAAGGCUUCCCCACGUACGAUGUCCCUAAUGUCAAAUAUCUGACGGUUCAAGAACAAGAGCAAUGCGAAUUCAACAUUUGCAAGCUGCUCCCCUGGAACCAUUUCGGGCGAAAGAAUAUCGGGUUUCUAUACGCAAUGAAACACGGCGCACAACUUAUCUAUGACACUGAUGAUGACAACGAGUUAAAGGAAAGCCUCUUUAUUCCGGAUCCUGCUAAGAUUGAAGUUAAAAACGUGAAAGUUCAGUCUAAAACUUUGUGGAACCCCUAUCCCUUCUUCAGCCAAUAUAAAGACUCCUGGCCUAGAGGAUUUCCCUUGGAGAAGAUUAAAGACAACGCCACCAAAACGCAAUCAGUAACUGACCAGCUGCCCAACACAAAUAUCGGAAUUAUCCAAUCGCUGGCCGAUCACGAACCCGACGUAGAUGCCCUCUAUCGGCUAACCCAGCCACUGCCCUUUGGUUUCCGACAGGGAAAUGAAUACUACGCCGUCCCUUAUGGUAUUAUGGUGCCAUACAACGCCCAGGCUACCCUACACACCUAUGAUACAUUCUUCGCUAUGUAUUUGCCCAUUACAGUGACGGGGAGAGUAACAGAUAUUUGGCGCGCAUAUUUCACCGUCAGACUAUUAUGGGAUAUCAAACGUAGCCUUGUUUUCGCUUCGCCAUGGGUGACGCAGAUACGGAACGCACACAACUGGUUGGCUGAUUUUUACGCGGAAUGGGAUUUGUAUUUUAAAUCGACUCAGUUAGCGGAGUUCUUACAAAGCUGGAAACCCUCACGAGGUGGAAACAUUGCGCACGAAACGAAGGAGUUGUAUGUCGCGCUGUAUGAAACGACUUUUAUUGAGUCGUUGGACGUUCGAAUUAUUGACGCUUGGCUCAAAGAUCUGGAGUGCAUGGGGUAUAAGUUUCCUAAGGUAUCAUAACAAUGGUGAUGCUCUUAAAAAAUAAUUUUGUAUUAUUAAUUUAUAGGCAAAUCAAGCAUAAAACAAUGACACACACAUACAUUACGUAGUGUCUCCUUUUUCAUUUCCUGCAUCCAAAAAUGGAGUAGUAGGCUAAUUAAAAGGCCUACGUGCACGAGCACACAUCUCAUCCUUAACAAAUUUCCCUAUCUUGAGGGGUCACCGAUUUGGUGACAUGGAUAGAUAUGUAAAAUGUAUGUUUUAAGAGGACAAAACCUGCAAAGUGCACCACCCCCUUUGCGACUUCCUUUCCAAAUUGUCGCGCGCACGGCACAAUCUUCACCAUUUCAAAUGUUGACUGUAAUUAUGAGUUAUGCCUUAGGCUUUCAGACAUGUAGGCCUACAGGUAUAUAAACCAAGCGCACUCUAUUCUCAUACAGCGAUAUUACUUUAGGGCCAAUAUGAAUUAGGCCUAACCUGCACAACAACUUGCCUUAACUAUAAAGUGCUCUUCAGUUUAUUUUGCCUUUUGAAUGUGGAAUGCGAUGAUGAGAUUUAUUCACUGUAGAUGAAAUCCAGAAUGUGAUUUACUGUUACUCACUGUAAAUAUUAUUCAGAAUGUGAUUUCAGCUUUGUUAAUUUUUUUAAGUGUGUUGCAAUUUCAUGAGGUUCGGUGCAUUUCAGCUUUUUUUUUCUUUGAAAUUGAAGGCUAAAUGCUUUAACGAACAGUUUGUCUAUAAGUGAAAUAUAGUUAAGUCUUAUGUUGUCUCCCAUUAAUUCUUUUCUUGUUCUGAAGAUAUGUUUUGAUAUUUAAACGUGUUUGAACGUGUUUAUUCAGUAACAUAAAAAAUCGAAAUAAAACGGAAUUUGGUUUGUUUUGAUACUUAAUGCUGAAUG